GCGGCGCGCGCGGCGAGCGGUGCCGGGGCCAGGACGCCGAGCGCCGCCGCUCCUCCGUGGUCUGCGCCGGGCGCGGCGUUAAAGCGGCCAGAUGCUCUGGCAGGUUCACGUGUUGUAUCAGACAUUCAUUCUAACGUGCCAUUUUUACUUUUUCUAGUGUCGAGGCCAAUAAUCCGAUAUGGAGCAUGCCAUUACCCCGUUGGAACCCCUGCUUCCCACUGGAAAUUUGAAAUACUGCCUUGUGAUUCUGAAUCUGCCUUUGGAUAAAUGUUUUCGUCAUCUUUGGAGCAAAGCUCUUUUAAGAGCCUGUGCUGAUGGAGGUGCCAACCGCUUGUAUGAUAUCACCGAAGGAGAGAGGGAGAGCUUUUUGCCUGAAUUCAUCAAUGGAGACUUCGAUUCAAUUAGGCCUGAAGUUAGAGAAUACUACGCUAUUAAGGGAUGCGAGCUUAUUUCAACACCUGAUCAGGACCAUACCGACUUUACCAAGUGCCUUGAGGUGCUCCAGAGGAAGAUAGAAGAGAAAGACCUACAGGUGGACGUGAUAGUGACACUGGGAGGGCUCACUGGGCGCUUCGACCAGAUCAUGGCCUCCGUGAGCACCUUGUUCCAAGCGCCUCGCAUCACUCCGUCGCCAGUUAUAAUCAUCCAAGAGGAAUCGCUCAUCUACCUGCUCCAGCCAGGGAAGCACAGAUUGCACGUGGACACGGGAAUGGAGGGUGAUUGGUGUGGCCUUAUUCCUGUCGGACAGCCUUGCAAUCGGGUGACAACAACUGGCCUCAAGUGGAACCUCACAAAUCACAUGCUUAGUUUUGGAACACUGGUCAGUACGUCCAAUACCUACGACGGGUCUGGUGUGGUGACCGUGGAAACGGACCACCCGCUGCUCUGGACCAUGGCCAUCAAAACCUAGCCCGGGAUCCGCUCACUGCUGUGCCCCGCCCCCUCGUCUGCCAAGGACUCGUCACUGGACAAGGGCGUCGGCCUUGGUCCGCAGGGACCUACUCCUCCCCGUGGAGGAGCCUGCUGGUUUUAAAGAUGCCAGUGCCCGUGUAAUCCAAGUCACACUGCAGACAGAUCUCAGCUUCACAGUGGGGGUGGGGUCAUUUUGAAGGAAGUAAAUAAGCUCUUCUACCCUCAGUGGGAAGAUUAAUGCAGAUCAUUCCACUUUCCAUUCAGUAUUGAUUAUUCUUAUGUUAUUAAUCAUUCCAUUUAUCCUAGAAAAUUGCUUUAAUUUCGAGCUGAGCAGGGCCAGCUGAGGCUCUGUGGUAUCCCGCGGACCGGCCUCCUUCUGCCUCUUUAAACGCUUAACACCAGGGCCGCUUCCGAGUGCCUGUCAGUAUGAGAUUCCUCUAUGUCAUAUGGAAAACUUCUUUCCAGAUAGAGAUGUCUUUGUUAUUGUCUUUUAAAAUAAAUCAAGAAUCAGUGAACUAAU